AUGAACCACAGCGCGCUCGACCUGCACCGAGCGACAGCCGCGUCCGAGCCGUUCCAGCGCGACGUCAAGCGCCCGUCGUCGUCGUCGUCGUCGUCACCGGCGACCGACGCCAGUGGCCGGCGGAGCUUUGGAACGUUUCUCAUGGACGACGACGCCGCAGCGUCUCCUGUGCCGCAGCUGCAGCCCACGAAACGCCUUCCGCCGCCAUUGCCGCCGCUGCGAGCUCAGGGAGUAGCAGCGCCCAUCGAGUACCCUGUGCCGUGGCACCAGCCCCCGACGCCGCUCGCUGCGUGUCGACCACGCGGAGUCUCCAGUGGAGACAUUCCCGUGCUGGAGGCCGCUCGCGACAGCAGCCACUUCCGCUUGGACGGAGGAGAGUUGGCACGUGUGGCACUCAACGCCAUCGACGAGGACGGCACAGACGCUCGCGUCGUAGUGGGCGACUACGACGACGAAGACGACGACGAUGUUGUGCCAGUGCUGCAGACGGCAGAAGACGCGAUGCGAGCGCAGAAGUACACGGGCAGUAGGAAGUUUUCGUGGCGAGUGUCGGCUAGACGAGGCGUGCCUAUUGGUCGCACGGUCCGUGUGCCUGAUCAGGAGACGCUCUUGAGCAUGUCGACAAUAAGCACGGAGCUGUCGUCGUCGAGCUACGAACUAUCCAACAGCAGCUCCCAGGAAUCGAGGAGAAGCUCGACUCCACCUGUGCGAAUCGAUCGUGAGCUCGUGCGCAGCGGAUGGCUGUACAAACAGGCAAAUGUCAUGAAAACGUGGAAACGACGGUAUUUUGUGCUAAUCAAGCGCACAAAUGUUGCAACAGGGGAUUACUGGGCGUCACUGCAGUACUACAAGGGCAACAAUUUUGGCAAGCUGCGAGGAGAGAUGCACUUGCAAGACGGCAUGCUGUCUGUGCGGUUUUUGGAACCAGAUGAGACAAAGCGGCCAUUUUGUUUCGAAGUAGCUGGCGAAGACUUUUCGUUUGUUUGCUCUGGAUCCAAUGAUGACGAUGCAAGUGCCUGGGUGUGUCUGCUGCAGAGCUUGUCAGGCGGAGGGGGCAGCACUAUCCCACCGUCGGGCAGCUUGCUUGGUGCGUCGGCGACGAAUCGGCUUUUGCAUUCGGGAGAUACUUCGAAGGGCAAUCGAGCUCGUCCCAGCACCAUCGAUUCUCGGAGUAUCCGAAUCGUGGCAGAGUUGCGGAAAGUGCUGCACACGAGCAAGUCGCCAGAAGCCGCUCAGUAUAAAGGGUUCAUCGGCUCGUUUGAGUCCCGAGGCACAGAAGCGCUUCGCCAAUUUCGAGAGUUCCACGCAACGCUGACGGAAUCCAUCGUGAAAGACCACGGUGCUCGUAUCUUGGCAGCACUCAAGGAUCCAGGCGACGAUGAUAUAAAUGCUGCUAAGAGUGUGGACAAGAAAGAAGCCGCACAGCCGAUAUCACUUGAUAUGGUGCGGAUGGCCAUAUCUCGUCAUGUGGAAGAAGUGUUGUUUGUACCGCUUCAGGACAAAAUCAAUACCGGUCUCCGUCGCGUGUACCACGAGGAAGAGUCCUCGAUAAACCGCAAAGUUAGAUGGCUGCAAGGAAAAGACCAGAUGUACUUCAACAUCCCGCUGCAUCAAAUCUCGUGGAAAGAGUGGCGAAAAGCAUCUCGAAUCCUUGCUCAAAUAGCUCAAGUGUCUCUUCCUGCAGCAAAGUACGACGUACUGACGAGUACGAUCCGAAAGAUUCAGGCAACGUACGCUGACGAGCACGACACGGUUACUGACUUGGAGGCACUUGAGACCGACGACAUUAUCCCGAUAUUUACCUACGUGUUGUCGAAUAGUGGCCUAGAGAACCUCAUCUCGCUCAAAACCUUGUUGACUGAGCUGAAUGGUUCGUGGGCCGUUGGCAGGUCGCCUGAUGAUGAAACGUCGCUCAAGAUAUUGACGUACGCGGUGGAUUUUAUCAGCAAUGUCAGCAUACCUGCUGUACUGGAAGACAUUUUCAAGGACCAAAUUACGCUUUCGAUUGACGGCGACUGGCGCCGUGUGUUGGAGUUUGAAGUGGAGCCCACGUAUCGUUACGGUGCAAUUGUAGAGCAUAUAUCACCUCAUGGCUACUCGGCUGUGGGGAACAUCAUCACUCGGGGCUACGUGCUGGUGACAGUGAAUGGCCAAAAUGUGGUAUUGUGGCCGUUCCAAGACAUUAUGACAUUACUUCUCGAGUCAGCGUCUCCCCAUCGGUUAGCGUUUAUCCCUGGAAGUAGUUACUUCAAAAUUCUGACGUCAAAUAAGGCGCUGUGGAAUGUGGCGUUGAUGCAUGCGUGCCAGCGCGGUGACGUGUUUAGCGUGCAAAUGCUGCUUGCAAACGGCGCUGACGUGAAUUAUGUUGCUCAUGAAUGUGGAAGUAACACACCACUGCAUGUCGCAGUCAGUGCUUUACAUUUUAACGUUGUUUCGUACAUGCUUCAGCACGGCGCUAAGGUAAAGACUAUUGGUGAAUGUGGUCGCAGCGCACUGCACAUGGUUGGGUCUCCUUGUACGAUGCCAGCCACAAUCAGUGCGUCUCGUGAUAUCACGAAAGCCUCAAGUGGAACAUCGGCUACGCUGAGCAACUCCGAUAGGGCGGUGUUGAUCAUCAAGAAACUACUGGGUCACGGCGCGCACGUCGACACUGUUGACAUCUACGGCAACACGCCGAUCAUGUUGCUGGCAGAAAGAGGUUUCCUCGGUGGAAUUGACGUGAUCAUGGAAGCAGAUAGCAAGAUUGAUCUGAACGCUCGAAAUUGGCAGCGUGGCAUGUGCGCUCUCGCGCUUGCAGCAAAAAGCGGCCAAGCGAAUGUAGUGGAGGGAUUGCUAGAUUAUGGCGCUCAAGCUGACAUUCGUACGCUGCAUGGUGAGACUCCACUACAUUUCGCGGCAGCUGGCGCGAGCCAACGCGUGUGUCAGUUGCUUGUAGAAAAAGGCUGCGAUGUCGAUGUCCGUACGAGCGAAGGGUUGACUCCGUUGAUGGUCGCAGUUACGAAAGAUCAUUGCACGGCGAUUGACAGUGUGGACGUUUUGUUGCCGUCUGGAGCAUCCCCAGUGAUGGACCACAGCAAUCUCCGCAAGGGGCGGCACGACAUGACGUAUGGCUUGCGAGGCAACAUAAGCCUGGAUAACUCGUCUGUCAUUUCAACGAUGAAUUAUCUCGUGCAGAGCGGUGCUAAGAUAUCCGCGGUCUGCGAAGCGUAUCGUACGCCCUUACAUUAUGCCGCUCUUUCCGGAUGUGACGAGUUGCUUGCGUAUCUCACGGCAAAAGUAGGCGACGAUACGAGUGCUGGAAGGCGCGACUUGUAUGGGCAGUCAGUGGCGUCUAUAGCGGAAACUGGUCGAGCCUCUCACGCGCAUGCGAUUGGAGCCGCAUCUGACGACAAAGACUUAGCAAUAGUCGAUGAUUGCAGUGUGAUGGCAGAAAACGAUGACUCUGAUGACGAUGACGACGACAUCGAUGACUUGGAGCAUGCUGACAUCCCCAUGUCACUGACAGGGCGCAAAGACCUUUUGGGAAAGGGUUUGAGCAUCAAGGAUCUUGUGACUGAAGAAAAUGAUGGAGUGGAGGAAAUCAUUGCAGGAACAUUUGAUGCCAUUGCCAAUUUUUUGUUGCGCUAUGAAAAUUAUCGUAUGGAGGAGUUAGGCGCACUCAUAUGGUCCUGCGGGUACGCAUCGAGCGGAGGUGGGAACACGUUCAAAGAUACGGUAGACAUAUUGCAAACUAUGCGGAAACGGUACUCGGUCGGAACGGAAGCUGGUUUUUACGUGCGAAGAAUGCUGCUGAGUGCACUGGAUAAGUUGGUGGAGAUAUUGAAGCACAGUGUUGAGUGCGAUACGGCCGUGUGCAAUUACGUAGCUGAUCUGUACACGGAGUUGGUUCCUGUGCAGGACGAACUGGCCAAGGAGGACCCGCAGUGCGCGCAAUGGCUCUGCGCGUCGCUAUUGCCUGAGUUCGCAGACGCUUGUCUGUCGAACCAUGUGCAUGAGUAUCAGGUACUGUCGUUUUGCGAGAGUGAUUACACGUCCCUGAAGCAGUUCAUUUGCACAGCGAAGCAGGCGAAUCCGAACGUCGAGUUUCUCGAUGACGAGUUGUUUGGCGUUGCCACGGGCAUGGAGAUUAUCACAGAAGCGAUGCGGCGCCGAAUGUCUCUCGCUGGUGUGUGGAGGACGGGAGGGGGAAAGAAGUCAUUUGUGGUAAAGCAAGAGGAGACAUUCGACACCAUAGCUGAAGAACGGUCGACCACAAUUACACCCUGGCAGCCGAGGGGCGUGAAUGUGGGCCGCGCGUAUGCUGUAGAGCAGCGGAUGGUCAGGUUAUGGAUCUUGGACUUGGACCCAAGCAUCAUCGCACAGCAGAUCACUCUGAUACAGCACUAUCUAUUCAGCAAGAUUAAAGUGUCUGAAGUUCUUGCAUCCAAGCGCAACGCCGAGAAGACGCCAGGGUAUCAGCGACUUCGGUUGCUGCACAAUCACGUUUCCACUUGGGUGGUUAGUCAGAUUCUUAUGCGAAGCGACGUGGACCAACGUGCGGAAAUCCUCGCCUACUUCAUUCGUGUCGCUGGCGUGCUGCUCUCCCCUCUGCAAAACCUGGAUGGGUUUAUGGCCGUCAUGAACGCAGCAAACGACUCGUCCAUUUUCCGUUUGAAGAAAACAUGGGGCCGGCUACCGCCACAAGCGCGGGAAUUGUGGCAAGAGUUGAUGCCGCUUACAGAGAAGGGUGCUCGGCCACUCAACAAGCUCACGAAAGAAUCGACGCCACCGCUGAUCCCGUAUUUGGGUGUUGUGAUCCAAAACGUGAUAGCGUUGCAGGAGUACCCAGACCGUGUGGAGGGAGACUUGCUCAACUUCAAAAAAAUACGCUCUAUCGGCUCUCUCAUCCAGAAACUGCUAUCGUUUCAGAAGACGCCGUACUUGCUACCGACGGACAAGCGUGUUUUGGAACAUAUUUGCUCGCCAGUUCCCUUCGUAGAUGGCGACGCGUGUUUUACGCGCUCGCUAAAGAUUGAGCCCCGCGUCGCUGAUGCUGCAUCCGAGACUACAUGA